GCGAGUGGGGCUGGAGCCGGGAAGUUGGGCGAAAGGCACUGCUCCCGCCGAGGAGGAGGCGGCGGCUGGGCGCGGGCCGCGCCACUCAGGUGUCCGCUCCGCCUUCCGGUCUGGAUUUGCUCCUGGGUGUCCAGCAGGAAGGAGACUGCGUGCACCUCGCCCGACUGCGGCCGGAGCGCGGCGCUGACUUUUCUCGGCGGCGGGGGUCCGUCUGUCCCGGCGGCGGACAGACGAAGGAAGGACGCCGGAGAAAGAGGGCGGCGGCCUGGGCCAAGGAGGGUCCCCAACUCCGGCGGCGGCGGCGGCGCGGCCUUGGGGGCGGGCAUGAGCCCCCGGGGGCCGAGCGGUGGCCGCCAGGGCUGACCCGGCGCGGCGAGCGGCCCGGCCCAGCCAUCUUGACUGCGCACCGCGGCCCGAGAGGAAACUUGCGGCGCCUCCGCCCUCUCUGCCCGGCGGAGUCACAGCCGCCCGGCGCGGCGGGGAGAAGUGGUCGGGCGCGCGGAGAGGAGGCGAGCGAGUGCGGGACGAUAAGCCGAGGCCCGGCCGCUCUGCGCCGCGAGGGCUGAGCGCGACCCGGGGCGAGCAGAGCGGACCUUCGGACUGUGGCGCCCGCCUGCAGCCGCCUUCAAACCCCCAGAGCGGCGGAAAGGAGUGCGGAAGGGCCCUGCCCAGGCUGCGUGCCGCGCCGCUGCGGACGCGCCCCUAGGAGGGGUUAGAUUAUCGGCAGACCCCCUCCCGGGCGAAGCAUAAGGGAGACCCCCAGAUCACUCGCUGUCCCCGUCUCCGGCUCUCUCGUGCACCCCCCCUCCCGGCACCCCUCUGCGCGCCGCCUGGAGGGCGAGGGCACCGGGCCGAGGCGCACAGGAUGGAGUGGGGUUACCUGUUGGAAGUGACCUCGCUGCUGGCCGCCUUGGCGCUGCUGCAGCGCUCUAGCGGCGCGGCGGCCGCCUCGGCCAAGGAGCUGGCGUGCCAAGAGAUCACCGUGCCGCUGUGUAAGGGCAUCGGCUACAACUACACCUACAUGCCCAACCAGUUCAACCACGACACGCAGGACGAGGCGGGCCUGGAAGUGCACCAGUUCUGGCCGCUGGUGGAGAUCCAGUGCUCGCCCGAUCUCAAGUUCUUCCUGUGCAGCAUGUACACGCCCAUCUGCCUGGAGGACUACAAGAAGCCGCUGCCGCCCUGCCGCUCGGUGUGCGAGCGCGCCAAGGCCGGCUGCGCGCCGCUCAUGCGCCAGUACGGCUUCGCCUGGCCCGACCGCAUGCGCUGCGACCGGCUGCCCGAGCAGGGCAACCCUGACACGCUGUGCAUGGACUACAACCGCACCGACCUCACCACCGCCGCGCCCAGCCCGCCGCGCCGCCUGCCGCCGCCAUCGCCCGGCGAGCAGCCGCCUUCGGGCAGCGGCCACGGCCGCCCGCCGGGGGCUAGGCCUCCGCACCGCGGCGGCGGCAGGGGCGGUGGCGGCGGGGACGCGGCGGCGCCCCCAGCUCGCGGCGGCGGUGGCGGGAAGGCGCGGCCCCCUGGCGGCGGCGCGGCUCCCUGCGAGCCCGGGUGCCAGUGCCGCGCGCCCAUGGUUAGCGUGUCCAGCGAGCGCCACCCGCUCUACAACCGCGUCAAGACAGGCCAGAUCGCUAACUGCGCGCUGCCCUGCCACAACCCCUUCUUCAGCCAGGACGAGCGCGCCUUCACCGUCUUCUGGAUCGGCCUGUGGUCGGUGCUCUGCUUCGUGUCGACUUUCGCCACCGUCUCCACCUUCCUCAUCGACAUGGAGCGCUUCAAGUACCCGGAGCGGCCCAUCAUCUUUCUCUCGGCCUGCUACCUCUUCGUGUCGGUGGGCUACCUAGUGCGCCUGGUGGCGGGCCACGAGAAGGUGGCGUGCAGCGGUGGCGCGCCGGGCGCGGGGGGCGCUGGGGGCGCGGGCGGCGCGGCAGCUGGCGCGGGCGCGGCGGGCGCGGGCGCGGGCGGCCCGGGCGGGCGCGGCGAGUACGAGGAGCUGGGCGCGGUGGAGCAGCACGUGCGCUACGAGACCACCGGCCCCGCGCUGUGCACCGUGGUCUUCUUGCUGGUCUACUUCUUCGGCAUGGCCAGCUCCAUCUGGUGGGUGAUCUUGUCGCUCACGUGGUUCCUGGCGGCCGGCAUGAAGUGGGGCAACGAAGCCAUCGCCGGCUACUCGCAGUACUUCCACCUGGCCGCGUGGCUUGUGCCCAGCGUCAAGUCCAUCGCGGUGCUGGCGCUCAGCUCGGUGGACGGCGACCCGGUGGCGGGCAUUUGCUACGUGGGCAACCAGAGCCUGGACAACCUGCGCGGCUUCGUGCUGGCGCCGCUGGUCAUCUACCUCUUCAUCGGCACCAUGUUCCUGCUGGCCGGCUUCGUGUCCCUCUUCCGCAUCCGCUCGGUCAUCAAGCAACAGGACGGCCCCACCAAGACGCACAAGCUGGAGAAGCUGAUGAUCCGCCUGGGCCUGUUCACCGUGCUCUACACCGUGCCCGCCGCGGUGGUGGUCGCCUGCCUCUUCUACGAGCAGCACAACCGCCCCCGUUGGGAGGCCACGCACAACUGCCCGUGCCUGCGGGACCUGCAGCCCGACCAGGCACGCAGGCCCGACUACGCCGUCUUCAUGCUCAAGUACUUCAUGUGCCUAGUGGUGGGCAUCACCUCCGGCGUGUGGGUCUGGUCCGGCAAGACGCUGGAGUCCUGGCGCUCCUUGUGCACCCGCUGCUGCUGGGCCAGCAAGGGCGUCGCGGUGGGCGGGGGCGCGGGCGCCACGGCCGCGGGGGGUGGCGGCGGGCCCGGGGGCGGCGGCGGCGGGGGACCGGGCGGCGGCGGGGGCUCCCUUUACAGCGACGUCAGCACCGGCCUGACGUGGCGGUCGGGCACGGCCAGCUCCGUGUCUUAUCCAAAGCAGAUGCCAUUGUCCCAAGUCUGAGCGGAGGGGAGGGGGCGCCCAGGAGGGGUGGGGAGGGGGACGAGGAGACCCAAGUGCAGCGAAGGGACACUUGAUGGGCUGAGGUUCCCACCCCUUCACAGUGUUGAUUGCUAUUAGCAUGAUAAUGAACUCUUAAUGGUAUCCAUUAGCUGGGACUUAAACGACUCACUUAGAACAAAGUACCUGGCAUUGAAGCCUCCCAGACCCAGCCCCUUUUCCUCCAUUGAUGUGCGGGGAGCUCCUCCCGCCACGCGUUAAUUUCUGUUGGCUGAGGAGGGUGGACUCUGCGGCGUUUCCAGAACCCGAGGUUUGGAGCCCUCCCUGGCUGCACUUGGCUGGGUUUGCAGUCAGAUACACAGAUUUCACCUGGGAGAACCUCUUUUUCUCCCUCGACUCUUCCUACGUAAACGCCCACCCCUGACUUACCCUGGAGGAGGGGUGAUCGCGAGCUGAUGGGAUUGCACGGUUUGGGUAUUCUUAAUGACCAGGCAAAUGCCUUAAGUAAACAAACAAGAAAUGUCUUAAUUAUACACCCCAAGUAAAUACGGGUUUCUUACAUUAGAGGAUGUAUUUAUAUAAUUAUUUGUUAAAUUGUAAAAAAAAAAAAAAUGUGUAAAAUAUGUAUAUAUCCAAAGAUAUAGUGUGUACAUUUUUUUGUAAAAAGUUUAGAGGCUUACCCCUGUAAGAACAGAUAUAAGUAUUCUAUUUUGUCAAUAAAAUGACUUUUGAUAAAUGAUUUAACCAUUGCCCUCUCCCCCGCCUUUUCUCAGCUGUCACCUUUAAAGUGCUUGCUAAGGACGCAUGGGGAAAAUGGACAUUUUCUGGCUUGUCAUUCUGUACACUGACCUUAGGCAUGGAGAAAAUUACUUGUUAAACUCUAGUUCUUAAGUUGUUAGCCAAGUAAAUAUCAUUGUUGAACUGAAAUCAAAAUUGAGUUUUUGCACCUUCCCCAAAGACGGUGUUUUUCAUGGGAGCUCUUUUCUGAUCCAUGGAUAACAACUCUCACCUCAGUGGAUGUAAAUGGAACUUCUGCAAGGCAGUAAUUCCCCUUAGGCCUUGUUAUUUAUCCUGCAUGGUAUCACUAAAGGUUUCAAAACCCUGCAUUCAUUUCUGGAGUCCGUGAUUUUGAAAGCACCUGGUGUUCCAGGGAGGGAACGCAUUGCUGAGGUGUAGAGGUUAGUGUUUUAAACCAUAGCUCACCCUUUACAGUAGAAGUCACUUGACAAUCUGGUAGGGGUGCGGGCGCUCUUCAGUGGAUUAAACUAACGGGUUAACAUC